UUUGGUCAAUAACAAAAGCUAAUUCAGAUGAACCUUUAUCACAUAACCGGCAGCUGAAACGACCACGUUUUCGACUCUGCCGCGCCACUCUGCUCUGUGAAAGAAAAACCCACCCUAAAACCCAGAAGGGUUUUGACCGUGAUGAAAAUAUUCAAAGCCUCAAAACCAUUGACCUUCAACUACAGUCAGCCACCUUCAACCCUUUUACCCCACUUCAAAAACGAACUCUUUGGCAAUGACUACAUAACCUCCUUGUGUAGACAGAAGCUUUACAGAGAAGCCCUUCAAGCAUUUGACUUUCUAGACAAGAACACCAAUUUCAAAGUGUUUCCCAGCACUUAUGCUAAUUUGGUUUCCGCUUGCUCAUUUUUAAGGUCUAUAGAACAUGGUAGGAGAAUCCAUCAUCAUAUUUUGGGGUCCAAUUGUGAGCAAGACGUUGUUCUUCAGAAUCACAUUCUUAACAUGUAUGGGAAAUGUGGGUCGUUUUGGGAUGCAGGGAAGGUAUUUGAUGAAAUGCCUGAGAGAAAUGUGGUGUCUUGGACUUCACUGAUUGCUGGAUAUUCACAGAAUAGGCAAGAGGUUAAAGCAGUUGAGUUGUAUUUCCAAAUGCUUCGAUCGGGUUGUAAGCCUGAUCAGUUUACUUUCGGAAGCAUAGUGAAAGCGUGCUCGGGUUUGGGGAAUGUGUGGUUGGGGAGACAACUCCAUGCCCAUGUUGUGAAAUCAGAAACUGGUUCACACCCUAUUGCACAAAAUGCGCUUACUUCAAUGUACACAAAGUUUGGUCUGAUUGCAGAUGCAUUUGAUGUGUUCACGCGUGUUGCGAUGAAGGAUUUGAUUUCUUGGGGUUCAAUCAUUGCAGGGUUUUCGCAACUUGGUUAUGAGAAAGAAGCUUUGGCUCAUUUUAAGGAAAUGCUGUGUCAGGGUGCUCACACGCCGAAUGAGUUUAUAUUUGGAAGUGCUUUUAGUGCGUGUAGCGGUCUUGUUCAACCGGAAUAUGGAAGGCAGAUACAUGGGAUGUGCAUAAAGUUUGGUUUAGGGAGAGACAAUUUUGCUGGAUGCUCCCUUUGUGACAUGUAUGCAAAGUGUGGACAUUUAGAGUCUGCAAGAACUGUAUUUUGUCACAUAGACCGACCUGAUUUGGUGUCCUGGAAUGCAAUGAUCUCGGGGUGUUCUAGUGUUGGAGAUGCCAAUGAAGCGGUAUCGUUCUUUUCUAGGAUGCAGCAUAUGAGACUAAUCCCCGAUGAAGUUAGUGUUCUCUCUGUACUUUCUGCUUGCACGAGCUCUCCAACACUUUCUCAGGGUAGACAGGUUCACUCCUACAUUAUCAAGGCAGCUUUUGAUUUCACUGUCGCUGUGUGUAAUGCUUUGCUAACAAUGUAUGCAAAGUGUUCAAAUCUCGAUGAUGCAUUUGUUGUGUUUGAAAAUAUGAGAAAUCAUACUGAUUCUGUUUCUUGGAAUGCCAUUAUUACAGCGUGCAUGCAGCACAACCAAGCUGGAGAAGUUUUCAGAUUAUUGAAGCUAAUGCUUAGUUCUGAAAUUAGGCCUGAUUAUAUUACUUUAAGUAAUGUAAUUGGAGCAUGUGCAGAUAUAGCAUCUCUGGAAGUUGGGAAUCAAAUUCAUUGCUUUACUGUGAAAAGUGGGUUUGUACUUGGUGUUACUGUCAGCAAUGGAUUGGUUGACAUGUAUACAAAGUGUGGAUCGCUUGAAAGUGCCAGAAAGCUCUUUAGUUUGAUGGAGAAUCCAGAUGUUGUGUCAUGGAGUAGUUUGAUUAUGGGUUAUGCUCAGUUCGGAUGUGGAGAGGAAGCUCUUGAGCUGUUUAAAACAAUGAAAGCAUUGGGUGUAAAACCAAAUGAAGUUACAAUGGUGGGGGUCCUUACAGCUUGCAGUCAUAUUGGACUGGUUGAAGAAGGGCGGCAAUUGUAUAAAACCAUGGAAUCUGAACAUGGUAUUGUGCCGACAAGAGAGCAUUGUUCUUGUAUGGUUGACUUACUUGCUCGUGCCGGAUGCUUACAUGAAGCGGAGGAGUUCAUCAAGAAAAUGACAUUUGAACCCGACAUUGUGGUGUGGAAGACUCUACUAGCUGCCUGCAAAACCUGUGGGAACACUGAAAUAGGAAAACAGGCAGCAGAGAAUGUACUAAAACUAGAUCCUUCCAAUUCUGCUGCACUUGUGUUACUUUGCAACAUCAAUGCUUCUUCUGGCAGAUGGGAUGAAGUUGCCAGGUUGAGGAAUAUGAUGCGAGAAAGUGGCGUAAAGAAAGUUCCAGGUCAGAGCUGGAUUGAAGUCAAGGAUAGGAUCCAUGUAUUUUUAGUUGAAGAUAGUUCGCACCCUGAGAGGGGUCGAAUAUAUGCAAUGCUAGAGGAGUUGUGGUUGCAGAUGUUGGAUGAUGGUUGUGAUCCACUUCAGCCAUAAGCUUGAGUGCCAGAGCUGAAGUUAUAUCUGGCUGUUCAGAAACAAAGGAAGACAAAGCCAGGUCUGUUGCAUCAGAGUAAGGAAAGAACAUAUCUUCUUCAAGGACUUUGCAGAAGCCCCAAGAAUGAUCACAAAUCAAGAAGAUACAGAAAGGUUGCGCCUGGUUUUUGACCCAAUGAAGAAGGGUUCGACUCGAAUUAUUGCCAUGAAUACGAGGGUAAACUGGUAAAGUGCUCACUGAAGUUAUGAAGUAUGAAGGCCUGAGCCUUUUUAAAACAAGGUGGGACUGUUAGUUCUGCCUGGUUAGUUGAUCUCGCUUGUUUUGUACUAACAAGCUACAUAGAUGGGUGAAUGUGAUGGCACAUUUUGGAAUUCCAGUCAGGCUCAAUUCCUUGACAUUUUCAUGGCAAUGGCCUAACUAUUGCCAGCAACAUGUCCGAUUUUCAACUAGACCAUAAAGCAGUUCUCAGUUCUGGACUACAGAUAAAUGGGAGCAAUUUAAAGGGAAAAAAAUCAAUCCCAUUUACGAGGUUUAAAGCAGGGCAGGAGGAACUUAAAUCAUAAGCAGCUUGUUAAUGCCUAGGCUGAAAACAGAACUCUGCGGCGUCCAAUCUUCUUUUCCUGUAAUUUUUGUAAUUCUUGAAUUGUAUAUGUUAAUCCUCAUGUUACAACAUCGACCAUAGCUCGUUCUCAUCCUCAACUC